AAUCAUUUUUCUCCAUUUUGGAACUUAUUGCCAUGUCAUUGAAAGCGAAAGAAGAAUAUGAUUAUCUAAAGGAUGUCACAAUUGUGGUGCGCUCGCUAAUAAAUUCGCUCAAGCCGCCGGUUAGCUUGCAGAUGAUAGAGCGUGAUUAUUUUGCAGAGGAGCAAAAACCAAUCCCAUAUUGUCUGUUGGGCUAUAAGAAUGCACUGGAUUUGCUGGAGCAUACAAAUGAAUUCAAUUUCCAGAAAGUCGGCAAAGAAAUCUUUGUUAGCGCCAAGCACAACCCCAAAUCGGCGCACAUUGCAUCUAUGGUGCUCGGUCAGAAGAGCAGCAGAAGCAAGUCCAAGUCGAAAUUAGUGCGGUCACUAGCGGCACCAGUGCGUCACAGCGUGCGUCCAGUUGCCACUUACAACAACAAAAACGACGAAAAUAAUAACAACUGCUACAACCACAAUUACGGACAACAGGAAGUGGAACGUUUACGCAAACAACUUGAGCAGCUGCGUCAGCAACAGGAGCAACAACAGCAACACGAAUACAAGUUGCGUGAGCAGGGACGAUUGCAGCAAUUGCAGAUCAGCCAGCUGCAGCAACAACUAAAGCAGACCUCUGAGGCAGCAGCAGCCAGGCAGCAGGAGCAGGAACAGCUAAAGCGUCGUCAGACCAAAGCGGAACUGCUCACCGACCCAGUGCUCAACGAACUAAGUGAGCGAACGAGCAAAGCAGAUAAAGCAGUCAAAGCAAUCAAAGCUGCCAACCUAUCUUUGACACUAAAGCCACCAAGCUCAGCUCCUUCUGACCAGUUGCCAACUGAGAUGAAUGGGAACGCAGCUGCUGCUGCUGGAGCUGCUACUGCUUCCGCUGCAGCUGCCACACGCCACAAGCCUCAGCUGCGUCCCAUAUUGGGCAAUAGUGCGCCACAGCAGCGUCCGGCAACGAUGAUGAUAAAACCGCAUCCGACGACAGAUGCAACGACUGGAAAUAAACGCCAGCCGCAUGCACGUGCUCAAUAUUCUGGAGCACGUGGUGGCGGCAACGGUGGCGUCUCCGUCAACUAUAGACUGAAACAGCAGCAACAGACGCCGGCAGCAGCAGGAGGAGCAGGAGCAAUAGGAACAGGAGCAACAGCAGAAGAAUCUUCCAAUUUAAUAACGCCACCCGAUUCGCCAGAGGAUGCCGUCAGCAACAAGACAACGUUCAAGGCACGAAAACAACAACAGGAUGUCAAAGUGCGUCAGCCGACAUCGUCUCCCAUGCAGGCCAUGAAGCAGCCGUUGCAUCUGAGUGCCAAGUUUAAAUUUGAUCCAGCCUACGAUGCGGUCUCCUCGCUGAACCAAUACUGCGUCGCCUUCGGCUAUGCGCCGCCAGAGUAUGAGUUUCAUCAUGCGAACAAGAGCAACCGGCUGCACUGUAAGGUGCGCAUCGGGAAGAGCGUCUACAGCAGCUACCCUGAGGAGCAUGCGGACGAGGAGACGGCCAAGCAGCGCACGUCCGAGCUGGCCGUGGACCGGCUCCAGCUGCUCGAAUCGCGUAAGCAUCUCACGCUGCUCAGCGACAACGAAUUUCUCGAUGGACUCUAUCGUGAGUUGGUCAAGCAUCCGAAUGGAAUACUCAGUCACAAGCUGCCCGAGUGGUACGAGGCGACGGCGAAGCGUCAGGUGCCCAGCAACUGGUGGAGCCUUAUCGAUCUCUCGCCACAAAUGCGAAUCGAGAGCAGCGUAAAUACGCAUAUUGUGUUUGCCAAUAGCCCCGCGGCGAGUCCGACAUUGAUUGUGGCACCCACUGCGAUGCCAGAGCUGCAGUUGCCCUGGGUGGAUGGGCAGCAGGAUUGGAGCAUGUAUAUCACACACUGCGAUAAUACAACGCAUGUCUGGGCACGCCUCAUCGAGCAGAGUGCCCAAUUCGAGAAGCUGACCGCACAGCUGAAUGCGUACAUGUCGCGACCGCAGAAUCGACAACCACUGCAGCAGCAGCAGCAUCCUGUCGUGCUGGAUAUCUAUCUGGUGGAGGUCAGUGAGAAUUGGAAUCGGGUGCGUGUCAUGUCCGUGGAUGCGGAGCAGCGUCAGUGCAGCUGUCACUUUGUGGACUUUGGCGAUGAGGUGAUCAUCCAGUAUGACAUUAUCUAUUUGUGCCCGCCACAAUUUCUGGCGCUGCCCGCACAGGCUGUGUGCCUCAGCAUGUAUGCCUUGGACAAAUUCGAGGAGCAUCCGCAUGCGUUGCCCGUGCUGGCCAAAGAGCUGGCCGCGCACAGCGUUGUCACCCGCAUAAUAACCAGCGAAACGCAGUUCCUUGCCGCUGGUGGCCUGGCACAGGGUGUGCUUCUACAGCCCGAGGAGCCGGGCGAGGAGCGUGGCAAGCGGCGUGCCUGCAUCGUGGGCACGUUCUAUGACACCUCGACGGCGGAGGAUAUACAUCUCAAUGAUCUGGUGGCCAAUCAGAUAAUACGUAACACUCCUUCGCCGAUGCUCAAAUUGGAACAGAAAUCCAAUCAUGUCCUCGUGUCGCACGUGAACGAUGUGGGCGAUCUGAUGGUGCUGAUACCCAACGAUGAUCUGAGCUUCGUGCAGCGGAGCAUAACCAAAAUAAUGAGCGAUGCCAGCGAACAGCAUCGUGUCACCUACUCGGAUCUCUUGCACGAUCAGCUGACCUGCGUCUGCGAUGAGGCUGGCGAUGGCCUCAAGAAAUGGUAUCGUGGCAUGCUCACCUCGAAGCCCAAGUCACCCGAGGAGGAGGUCUUCGAGGUCUACUAUGUGGACGAUGGCCGUUUGCGCAAGACUCACAUUUCCAACAUCUAUCGCCUGGAGGCCAACAAUCUGGCACUCGCCUCAUUUCCAGCUCAAGCGUUGCGCGUCCGUCUCCACGAUGUGCCCCCCAUCGAUAACCAGAUGGUUGGACGACUCCGUGGAUUGCUCUCCCCACAGACGCCAGUGCUGCUCAAGAUAAUGGAGGGCGCCAAUGACAAGCUGCCAAUGGUGACGAUUCAUGCACGCGGCCAGGAUAGCUUGUAUUUGUGCCUGAACAGUGCCAUUCGCAUGGAGUAUGAGGUGCAAAGUACGACGCGGCUGGAACCGUUUGACGACGGCGGCCUGCAUUUCAGUGCCAGCGGUCAGUUGAUACGACGCAGCAGCUUCAGCUCCACCAUAUCCAGUCAGAACCAGAGCAGCAGCAGCGAUCUGACCCCGUCGAUGACGGCAGCAACAACAACAAGCGUUGGCAACGUCGCCUCUCCUCCGAGCACACCAAAUAAACCCAAACUCGCCACUCACUCGGUGCUGGCCAUGCUCAAGGAGUACGAGGCCAUUCCGGCGGUGGGUGUCUAUUUUGAGGUGCGUGUCGCGCUCUCCAUCAAUCCCGGUCGCUUUGCGGUGCAACCCUACAAGUACUACAAUCAGCUACAGCGUCUGAUGAAGGACUUGCAGGCACAUUGCAAAGGUCCAAGCGCUCAGCGUGUGGAGCCCAAUCAACUGGCUAUUGGUCAAGCCUACGCUGCGACAGACAACGAUGGCGUCUAUCAUCGCGUAAAUAUUCGCAAGAUUUACGAUGAAAUGAUUCAGGUGCGCUUUGUGGAUGCUGGAGACGAGGGCGUUGUGCGCUGCAACCAACUGCUGCAACUAACGCCAGAGUUUCGCGAGUUGCCCAUGAUGGCGCUGCCAGCCCAGCUACAUGGCAUCAAGCUGGAGGGCAUCGUUUGGACGCAGGAGAAUUGUGUGCGCUUUCGCAAGCUGACGCUGGGCCAGAAAUUCAUUGGCAUAGUGCGACGCGUGGACAAGCUGGAGGAUGAGCGACGUGCGCUCAGCUUGGAGCUAAUCGAUACCUCAACGCCGAAAGAUAUUAAACUGCACGAGACUCUCAUUGAGGAGAAGCAUGCGCUGCCUGCUUGAGCCUCGAGCCUUGUGCCACAAGCAAAACGAGGAUUACUAAACUAGAAACAACUCAUUUUUAUACGGCUUAACUUUUAUUAUUUGUUUUUUUUUUAACUUAUGUGGCCUACGUAGCUAUUACACGCAAGCAUAUACAUAUAUACACACACACACACACGCAUAUUUAUGAGCCCCCACAUUCCGCGACUAGUACCUAAGAUAUUGAUAUUACCAUAUACAUAUAUAUUAUAUGUUAUACACUACUAUGUUACGAAACGAUGUUGCAAGAGCAAGCGGCAAGCGCAACAAUAAAUUAUGAUUGUUUUUCUACCGAGAGAAGGGAUGCACCUGA